AUGAGACAUAAGGUUUCAUCGAAUCCGAACCCCUACGAGGAAAUUCCCACGAUGAACACCUUCCAGCCUCCACCGCGUGAUGCUGUGCAUUUGCGAGACCGGCGCAGCGACACGUCGUGCUCGUCCACCGUCACCGGCCCAUGUUCCACAUGUCCUACGGAGUCAGAGCGAGACUCUACGUUGACAGACGGCUCAUGGAGCGAACAGUCGUCAACGGUCUCGGAAAGCACUGUACAGAACCGGCGACUCCUGCCACCGAAGCCGGAACCUCCACGUCGCUACGAGCCACAAGCAACCACGUCUGGCACCGAGUCGCUCGAAUCCCAAUCUGCAGAGCUUCUCCGCCAACAACCGACCGGAACAGUACCGACCGGUGCCUGUUCCGACGCCGUCCACUCCCUUGCAGAACCUGCGAGCUGCUCCUCAACGGUCUUUGGUAGAUCUCCUCCACAAACCCCCUCACAGACCAGUACAGAAGACCUAUUCCCAAUAACGGAUUCAGGACCACAAAACCCGUGA